AUGUUCUCAUCGCAACAUCUCUUUCAAAAUGUACAAUGUCCUGAAUAUCCCACCUGUACGCGUCAGAAUUGCAUAUUUUCGCAUCGUACAGACAUCCCGCUGCCGCCGCUGUUGAUUGCAUCGAGCAAUGAAGUAAAGCCAACAAGUACGAGUACGCACCCGUCGCCGAACGCUGCUGGCCCGUCUGUAGUUCCCACCAAACGGGCCUCAGUUUCAAUACCUUCUCGAACAUCUAGUAAUCCGGUUGGAGAGCCGCCUCUGAAGCAGCAGGUAGUUGGCACUGCAGGACGAAAGCAAAAUCCGGUGCCUGUCGCGUCGACUUCCUCUUCUGCAGGCCCACCUGCUCUCAGAGUAUCUGCAGCAUCCUCUCGUGUUGCUGUUCCAGUACGGCAAACCAUGCUCAAAACACUCUACGACCAUUUCAAAGUGCUUUACGAGAAAAUAUUGCCCAAGAAUCCAGAUAUUGCUUCCGAACACGCGCUCCGACAAGAGGACGAGGUGUACCAAAAGUCGACCAAAGCAUCGUAUCGUGUUGCUGUAAUACAUUGUGCAGCUUCAUUGAAGCGACGUCCGAUCCCCGAUUCUAUAUAUCAUGCCUCCGUUGGUACUACGGAAGACCUUGCAGCGCGUGCAGAGGCUCAAAAUUCCCUCAAGUCCCUUCGUCUUACGCGUACACACCUGGAACCCCACCUUCUGUCUUUGGAUACGAUGCGUACUUGGGGUUACAUUGUAGACAUACCCGAAGGUGAAGGCGGUUCUGAACCCAGCCGAGAAGGACAGACCGUCGUUUGUGAACGGUGUCGAGAGCCGUUUCAAAUAACACCUCACCCCACGCAGGAUGAAUGUCUUCAUCACUGGGGUAGGCCGUAUUCCAAGAAGACCAGUGGUCAGCGUGAUCGAGUUUAUAGUUGCUGUUCGAAAUCUGUUACAGAGAACGAAGGUUGCGUUCGGGGACCACACGUGUUCUAUGAAUCGGAUCCCAGUGCUCUACAUGCCCGGCAUUCGUUCUCGUAUCUCAAGUCCAGUCCUUCGGCUCAGGAGAUUGUCGCCCUCGAUUGUGAGAUGAUCUACACCACAGGAGGGAUGCGUGUCGCCCGUGUUUCUGUGGUUGAUGGCACGGGCGCCGAAGUCUUUGAUGAGUUGGUCCGGAUGGAUGAUGGUGUCUAUGUGCUGGACUUCAAUACUCGGUUUUCUGGUAUCACCGAAGAAGCAUAUGCUAAGGCGACUCGGCCACUAUCUGAGAUUCGACAUGCCUUAGAUGCGAUUAUCAGCUCAAGCACUAUCCUCAUUGGCCAUGGUCUCGAGAAUGAUUUGAGAACGCUGCGCAUUGUACAUCAUCAAUGCAUCGAUACUGCCAUCAUGUUUCCCCAUCCAGCUGGACAUCCCUAUCGGAAAGCAUUAAGAGACCUUGCUCGUGAGCAUCUCGGCAUUAGAAUCCAGGCCGGUGGGAGUGCAGUAGGGCAUUCUUCAAUAGAGGACUCUGUCGCUACCUUGGAUCUCGUGCGGUGGUUCGUACUGGAGAAGCAGAAAGUGUCCCCAUCGAAGUCAACCUCCCCCGCGAAACCCAGUUAAUUUCGUGGACUCGACAGCGGACUUUUCUCUUAACCCUUUAGUGACAUUACUGGACUACUAGCAUCAUCGGG